AUGAAAAACUGUAAAUAUAUGUAUUUACAUGAAAUUAAUGAAAAUGAAAAUAUCUCUUCUUUAAAGAGAAGAAAAUAUAUUAAUAUAAAAAGGAGUGUGAAUACUGAAAGAAAUAGUAUUUUUUUAAAAAAUAAUAAUUCAAAUAAUAUUAAUGAUAACGAAGAAAUUAAAAUUAUAAUGGAAGAUUCAAAGAAAAAAAUAGAAAAUUGUGAUAAUGACAUUAAUAAUAAGAAUAAUUGUUUUAAAAAAGAUAAAAAUAAUGGAGAAUGUUUUAAUAAAUCUAAAAUAACUAAUAUUUUAAAAUGCUUUAACAGUUUAGAUAAAAAAAUUUCAAUGUAUGAGUAUGAGUAUUUAUUAAAAAAAAUGUUAAUAAAAAAUAAUAAUUAUAUAAAUAAAACAAAAAGUAAAAAAAUAUUAAAAAUUCAAAAUAAUAAUAUAAAAGUUAAUAAUAUUACAAAUGAUGUCAAUUCCAUGUUUAUAAACAACAAUAAUAAUAAUAUCAACCAGAAGAAAAGUGGAAAGGGAUAUGCCAGUGAUAGUAAAAUUUACAUUUGUAGAAAAAUUAAACUAACAAAUAAAAUAUAUUAUAAAAAAAAAAGAAGAUCAAAAGACACCAUUAUAAAUGAAAAAUGUAUUGGUUUAAAUAAUUUAGACAAAAAUGAUAACAAUUUAAUUAUAAACAAUCAAUUAUCAGAUACGAACAAUCAAAAUAAAUUAAAAUCAAUAACAUAUAAAAAGAAAAUGAAUCAAAUUAACAAAAUUUUGUAUAAUUUAAAUCAUUUUAACAAAUUUAACAAUUUUGAAUUAAAAAGAGAAAAUAAAAAAAAAAAAAAAAUGUAUUCUAAGGAAAAAAAUGGAAAUAAUGUAUAUGAAAUUUUUUGUUCUACAAAACAAGAUAUUGAUAAAAAUAAAAUGAAAAAUGGAAAAGAAAUAAAUGAAAGCUCUUUCGUUAAUAAAUAUGAGCAAAAAUUAAAUCUUUUAGAAAAAAAAGAAAAAAUAGCUGAUAUGAAUUUGGUCUAUGGAGAUAAUCAUUUAGAAAAUAAAGCUUCCAUUUCUAAUAAUAAUGAAUCCAAAUAUUAUUCUGAUUAUAUUAAUGAAAAAAAAAUUCAUAAUUUUUCAGAAUUUAAAAUAAAAAAUGAAAAUAUAAUAGAAAAAAAUUUUGGUAAGAAAACAUUUUUUAAGCAACCUUUAUCCAGUGGCAUUGAAGCUUUCUUAAAAAAAAAAAAAAAGAAAAAAAAAAAAAAAAAAAAAAAAAAAAAAAAAAAAAAAAAAAAAAAAAAAAAAAAAAAAAAAAAAAAAAAAAAAAAAAAAAAAAAAAGUGGCAAAGAUAAUGAUCAGGUAAAUAAUAAUAUUUUAAGUAAAAUGAGUAACCUAUUAGUGUUAGAUAAAUAUAACAGUAAAAACGAUGAUAUUAAAUUAGAAGAUACAAAUGAACAAAAAGAAGAGAAAAGCAAAAUAAUUAAUUAUGAAAAAAAUAUGAUAAAUUAUGAUGAACAAACAAAAAGUAAUUUAUUGUCUGAUAUAGAAAACAAAGCAUCUGCUAAUACACCAUUAUAUAUAACGGAUCGUUUUCAAAAAAUUAUAGAUAAAAAUAACAAAAAACGCAAUAAAGGUAAAAUAAAACUUCAUAAAAUAAAUGAAUCAAGUACUAAUAAUAAUAUUGAAAUGAAAAAAAUGAAUGAAAAUUAUUUAUACAAAAGCAAAAGUUUUUUACAUAAGCAAAGUAAUGGUGAUACUGAUAAUGAUUGUUCCACUGAAAAUUAUAUUGAUAAGAAUAACAACAUUCCUUUUAAUAAAUAUAUAAAUUAUAAUUUAUAUUGCUACAGUAAUAAUAGCAAUAUAAAUAAUAUUCAAAUCAAUGAUAAAACAAAUUUUAAAAAUUGCAUUAAUUCAAAAAAUAACCCACAUAAUCAUAAUAAUAAUAAAAAUAAUUUUAUCUUAAAUAAAAAAAAUAAAAAAUUUCAUCAGAAUCGUGAUAAUAAUUAUAAUUAUGAUAAUAUGAAUAGCGAAACAAAGAAUUUACCCAAAUAUAAUGAUUAUGUAUAUUUCUAUAAUGAUAAUGAAUAUGCGUAUAAACCAAUGUCUACAAGUAAUUUAUCAAUGACAUGUACUAAUGCACCAAAUUAUGCAUUUACUGAUACAAAUAAUGUUAUUUUCCCUAACGUCCCCUUUAACACAUCACCAUAUAUAAAUUAUCAAUAUUAUUUAAAUAACAAUAUCAAAAAAAUGUUUUAUAACAAUAAUAUGAAUAUUAAUAAUAAAGAAAAUGACAGCAACAACAAUAAUAAAAGUAAUAAUAAUAAAAAUAAAAAUAAUAAUAAUAAAAAUACUAAUAAUACUAAUAAUACUAAUAAUACUAAUAAUACUAAUAAUACUAAUAAUACUAAUAAUACUAAUAAUACUAAUAAUACUAAUAAUACUAAUACUAAUACUAAUACUAAUACUAAUACUAAUACUAAUACUAAUACUAAUACUAAUACUAAUACUAAUACUAAUACUAAUAAUACUAAUACUAAUACUAAUACUAAUACUAAUAAUACUAAUACUAAUACUAAUAAUAAUAAUAAUAAUAAUAAUAAUAAUAAUACUACUACUACUACUACUACUACUACUACUACUACUACUACUACUACUAAUAAUAAUAAUAAUAAUAAUAAUAAUAAUAAUAAUAAUAAUAAUAAUAAUAAUAAUAAUAAUAAUAAUAAUAAUAAUAAUGAUAAUAAUAGCAAUGACAAAGAUAAUAAUGAUAGUAAUGAUAAUACAAAUUCUGUAAAUGAGGAAGAGAAAUUAAAAAAAAAUUUUGAUUCAGUUAGAAAAGGUAAAAUUAAAAUAAACAAUAGUGACAAUAAAUUUAACAUUGUAAAUAAAAUUUUAAAAAAAUAUGAAUAUAAUAAUUCUCCAAAUUCAAACAUUCCUAUAUCAUCACAGAAUGAUACGAAUUCAAAAAAUUGUGAUUUUAAUAAUGAUAAUAAAUCUAUGUAUGAUCUUUCAAGUUCUUACAAUAUGAAUGAGAAUUAUUGCAAAAUGAGAAGUGGUAAUCACUCAAAUUCAGAUAAACAUAAAUUAACGAAAUGUAGCAAUAAUAUAAAUAAUCAUUCAGUUCAAUGUGUAAAUAAUUGUAUUUAUUCAAACGAUAAAAGCAAGAUAGUAAAAAAUAAUAAGAAUAAUAAAUGUAGUAACUUUAAUUUGCUAAAAAAAAAAGAUGUAGGAAAUAAUUCUAUUAAUAAUGUUGAUUUUAAUAAUAAUAAAACCCAAUAUCUAAAUCAUUUAAUUGAAAAUUCUUCUAUUCGAAGCUCUAAAUCUAAUAGUAAUGUAUAUUCAAACUAUUCUUAUCAAGAAAAAAGAAUUUUAAAUAAAUCAAAUAAUUCAUCUACUCUGAAAAUUAAAUCGCCUUGUUCAGAAAAAUCAUUUUAUUUAAAAGAUAAUUCUUAUAAUAUUAAUUUAAGAAAGAAGAAAAAAAAAAAGAAAAAGAAAAAGAAAGAUGAUUCUAAUAGUAAUUGUAAUAAUAAUACGAUUGCUACAACAUAUACUAUUGCUAUGAAUAAUAAUAAUAACCAUAAUAAGAAUAAUAUGCAUACAAUCAAAAAUAAAAUAGAAUCUAUGAAGAAUGAGAGUGAUGAAAAAAUAUAUAAAAAAAAGAAUAUAUAUAAUGAGAAUACAAGUUUUAAUUUUUCAGAUAAAAAGUUUGAAAAUAUUAAUAAAACAGUACAAAAUGUUAGCGAAUAUAAGCAAGAAAAAAAAACUAACAAUUUAAAUGAUGUAAUAGGAAUGAGUAACAUUAAUAUCGACAAUAAUGUUUUAAAUUAUUCAUAUAAAAAUAAAAAAUAUCAUCAUAAUAAUUCAAAAAUUGGUAAUAUCAAUAGUAAAGAAAGUGUAGAAGACAACAAAUUAAACAGUAAUUUGAAUCAAUUUAAUAUGUUUAAUAAUUUAUUGGAAAACAGACUUUCAAUUAACAAUUCUUUCUAUUAUUUGAAUAAUAAUUAUUUCGAUGAAAAAAAUUUAUACAAACAUAAAAAUGAUUUUUUAUAUGAUAAUAAUAGAUAUCAAGAAAAUUUUCAUAACAAAUACCGAUUCUUAAGUGAAGUUAAUUUUAAAAUUAAGAAAUCUAAAUUACUAGAUAGACUAAAUAAGGACAAAUCCUUAAAUAAAUAUAACUUAAGUGAGAAUUACUUAAAUAAAAGUGAUACUAAUGAAAGUGAUUUAGCUAUCAAUGGAAAUAACGGAGAUUAUAUUAGUAAUGCAAAUUUUUAUAAUAAUUUAUGUGAACUUCACCCAAGUAUAAAAGAAGAAAAUAAAUAUAUAAAAAAUUACAAGGAAUUUUUUCAUGAUAAUUAUAUGAAUAAUAUUGUUAAUUCAAAUAAAUUAUAUACAGAAUAUAUAAACAAUAAAAUAAAUAAUAGUUUACAUAAUAAAAGUUUUGAUAAUUUUUUUAAUUUUAUGCAUUCUUAUAAUAUUCAGCAAUUAUUUAAAAAUAACAAUUUAUAUUACGUAAAUUAUGUUAAUGAUUUAAAAAAUAAUUAUGAAAGUAAUCUUUUAUGUAUUAAUUACAUUAAUUACCUUAAUAACAUUUAUUUUAUAAACAAUAAAAAAAAUAAAUAUUAUACAGAUAAAGAAAAAAAAUUAUAUAAUGAUAAAAUGAGUGAUUAUCAUUAUGAAAAAUAUUAUAUGAGAAAUUCUCUUCCCAAUUUAAAAUGUAAUAAUAUGAAAAAUUCUGUAGAAAAUAAUAAUAGUUGUUAUAUUAAUAAAAAUACAAAUAUGCAUAAUAAUGGUUACUAUGAGUAUAAUAAUAAUGAAAGUAGUAAUAACAAAAGUAAUAAUGAUGAUGAAGAAAAUUACAAGUUAAAUAAUAAUUCUAUAAAAAAUAAUGAGAUAAAAAACAUAAUGAACAAAAAGAUUACUAACCCUAAUUUUGAUAAUACAAGUAGAACGGCGGAUAAUAAUAAGUAUCAUAAAUAUAUGAAUAAAAAUAUAAAUGAAAAUAAUGAUUUCAAUAAUUAUAAUAAAAAAAGUAGCAAUAUAAGAGGAGAAAAUUCUUAUAAUAAUUAUAAAUUAAAUUUUUUCAAGAAUAACAAAAACAAAAAAGAUUUAUAUAAUUUAACGACGAAUAAUUUCUAUGCAAAAGAAUUUAAUUAUUUUAGCAAUAAUUAUAAUAUUAAAGACGACUUAGAUAAAAAUUUUUUUUUUAAUAAUUACGAAUUUUUUACAAAGUAUAAUUUUUUAGGAAGCUCAUUUAAUAAAAACUUCAAACAUAAUAAUGAUCAUUCAGUUUUUUAUAGGAAUUCUCAUUUUAACGAUAAAAUGAAUCAGACAUAUAUAUCUGAUAACCUUUUUUCAGAUUAUAAUGAAAGAUUUUUAGAUUAUUUCCAAAAUAAAAAAAAUAAAUUGAAGUUUGACGAACUAUACAAACAAAAAAUGCAUAAUUUUGAUAAUACCAUUCUUAACAAUAAUAUGUUAAACGAUUUUUAUAAUACUAAUAAAGAAUUAUAUAACAAUUUUUUUUCCUAUUAUAAUUAUAAUCAAUAUUUAAAUAAUAAAUUACCAUUUUAUAAUUAUCAUAAUUACUAUCCUUAUACCAUAUCACCAGAAAUGUUACCAUAUGAUUAUUCAAACAUGUAUACUUAUAAUAAACCUUUAAAUAUAAAUAAUUUUAAUAAGAAUCAUUCAAAAUAUAAUUCACAUCAUCCUGAUUCUUCAAAGAAUGAUUCAAAUAUUAAUGAAAAUGAGUUAUUAUAUAAUGAAUAUUUAUAUUAUAAAAAUAUGAAUAAUAAUGAUAUUAUUAUUGAUAUAUAUAAUAAAAAUAAAUUCUGCGAUAAAAUAAAUGAAGAAAUAGUAUCAGAAAAUCUAAAUAGUAAUAUGAAUAACUAUAAUCAAAUGAAUAGUGAAAAUUGCAGCAAUAAAAAUAAUAACAUAAAAGAUCAUAGAAGAGUACGAAGUCUUGAUUUAAAAACUAAGUUAAAAUUUUUAGAAAAAGAUGAAAAAAGCAAUAUUAGAAAUUUUAGCACUCAAUCUCGGUUUAUAAGUGAGAAUAGAAUAUUAAAAAAAGAACCUGAUAAAAAUAAGGAUGGAAAUAAAAAUAAUGAUAAUAAUAGAAGCAAAAAUGAUCUUAAUAUAAAGUAUAUAAGUAAUUGUUAUGAGAAUGAAAAUUUAUUUAUUAAAAAAAAUAAAGCAUAUAAUUUAAAUGAUGACAUAGAAAUGGAACAGAAACAAAGUGAUAAUUUAAAAAAAAAAAAAGACUAUUUAAAAAACAAUAAUAAUGAAAACAAUUAUAUAAAACAAAAUAAUCAAAUAAAAGAUGAUACUAUUAUGGAUAAAUAUAUAAGCACAUCAUAUGAUGAUAAUAAGACAUAUAUUAAAAAAAGUAUAAAUGAUAAUAUAGAAAAAGAAACAUUAAAAAAUAAUAAAAACAAUAGAAAAUAUAAUUUUAAUAGUUUAAAUGAUAUAAAAGAAGGAAACGAAAAAGUUGAAAAAGUUGAAAAAGUUGAAAAAGAUGCAAAAUGCUAUGAAAUUAAUAAGAAAAUUAAUAAGAAAAAAAAGAAUAAUCUUGGGGAAAAUCAAAUUUUAAAUGUAAAAGAAAAUUCAUUAAAAAAAGUGAGAAAUUUAAGUUGUAUUAGUUUAAUACAUUAUAAAAGUAAUAUAAAGGAAAUCGUUUCAUUAUAUAAAAAAAGAAGUGUAUCAUUAAAUUUAUAUAAUAAAGAAAAUAAAAAUUCUAUUAUUAUUAAUCCUAUUGAAAAUCAUAAUUUACUAAGUAAAUUUACAAAUGUAAAUGAAAAUGAAGCCAAGAAGAAAAAAAAAGAUGACAUAAAUAUUUAUAAAAAAGAUAUUUUCCUUUUGUUUUAUAAGACUGAAAGAAAAUUAAUUAAUUUAUUAAAAAGGGUAAAACCGUCUAAGGAUAUUAAACUAACGAAACAAAAUAUUUUUUUACUACUGUCAAAAUUAAUUAAGCACUUAUUUAAUUGUAAUAUAAAUAUUUAUACAGUUGGUUCGACAGCAUAUGAUGUCGACUCAAAAACAAGUGAUUUAGAUAUAGUUAUUCAAACACAUUUAUACAACCCAAAAUAUAUUUUACAUAAUAUAUACAAUUAUAUUAAUCAAAUAAAAGAAAGUAAUAGUAAUAACUCUAAAGAUAGUAAUGAUAAUAUUAGCAAUAAAAAUAGUAACGAUAUUGACAAGUUUUCCUUUUUUAACAAUGUAGAAUUACAAUUAGUUGAUUCAGCUAGAGUUCCUAUAUUAACUUUGAAAAAAAAUAAAAUUGUUUGUGAUGUAUCAGUUAAUACAAAUAAUUCUUUAAAACAUACUGAGUUCUUUUUAUGUACAUUAGAGAGUUUUCCUAAUUUAAAAAAUGUUAUGAGAAUGUUAAAAUUUUUAUUAAAAGUAAGAACAUUGCCUUCUAUGAAACAAGGGGGAUUACCUACUAUACUUUGGAUGAUGCUAUCAGUUCGUUAUUGUAAAAUUUUUAAAAGUAGAAAUAACUCGAAUGAUUCUAAUGAUUCUAAUGAUUCUUCAUUUCUUAGUUUUCAUGACAAGAGUAAUAUUCCUUAUUUUAAUAUUUACAAUGAUAACAUAAAUCAUCCUUUUUAUAAGAACUGGUUUUUAAAUAAUAGAAUUUUAUGUUUAAAUGAUUUUAAAAAUUCUGAACUUUAUUUUGAUGAGCAGAAGAAAAAUAAUUAUUCUGAAUAUGAAUUAUUUUUACAUAAUCUAAAAGUAAAUCAAUUUUUAAAUAAUAAUUUUCAUUAUUUUUCAUAUUUGAAAAGUAAUGUAAAUAAAUUAAACUAUAAAUGUUUAAGUCAACCUCGAGAGGAGGAUAAUAAUAUAGAAUUAAUUCAUAAAAAUUUUAAUUGUUUUAAUAAUUACUUUAAUAACUUAAAUAAUGGUGCAUAUUUUCAUCAUUUUAAUAAUGAUUAUCUUUGCAAUUCUAAUAUAAAUUAUUUUAAUAAUUCUAAUAGAGAAAAUUUAAGAAAUAAUAUUAAUUUAGAUUGCCUUAAUAAUUUUCAUUUAAAUCAGUUAAAUAAUUGUAAUGGGGACCAUUUUCCUUAUAAAUUAACUCAUGAAGAAAAUAUAAAUAAUAGUUGUGAUGAUGACAACUUUUAUUCACAUCAAAAUGGAAUAAAUUCAACUAGAACUACAUCAAAUUGUUAUAUUAAAAAUACAAAUUAUCAAAAAGAAGAACAACAUUGCUUUAACUACUCCAAUAGUAAUAAUGAUAAUGAAUCAAAUAAUUUCAAUGGGAAAUUUAAUACAUUUCAUAAUUUAUCAAAAAAUGAUUUUGAUAUUAAUCAUGAUAAAGAAUUAAUUAAUUUAUCUCCACUUGUUCAUAAAAAUGACGAAAAUUUUGAGGUGAAUUAUGAAGAAAAUAGAAAUAUAAAUAAAAAAUUGAAAGAGAAAAAAAGUUCUUGUAAUUCCAUUAAUAGCUUAGAAAGAUUAAAUUAUUUUUAUAUUAAAAAUGAUAACAAAGAGGAUAGUAUCAUGCACAAAUAUAAAAAUAAUAUUCUAGAAAAUGAGAAUCAUAUAAAUUUGUUAAAUAGCAGAAAUUAUGAGAAUAAUACAAAUUUUAGAUAUAGUGCUAAUGAUUUAUUUACUAACUCAUCUAACUUAUCUGAUUCUAGUUGUACAUGUAUUGUUAAUCAGAGUUUAAUAGGAGAAUCAUUUAAUUUUAAUAAUAAUAAUUGUUCAUCAUAUAAUGAAGAAAUUAAUAAUAAAUGUAAAAUUAAAGAAGGUUUAAAUUUAUUUUAUAAUAAGUUUUUUAAAAUGUCUUAUGAUUGCGUGAAUAGAAUAUUUUCAAAAAAUGAAUAUGAUGAACUAAAUGAAAAAAAUUGUUUAAAACAUUUUGUUGAAUUUCAUAAUAAAGAUUUAGAUCACAUAAAUGAAGAAAAAUUGUCUAUCUACUGCUCAGCCAUGUCCGACUGUUCUUUUAUUAAAAGAAAAAAAAAAGAAAAAAAAAAAAAAAAUAUAUUAAAAAAAAUGUAUAAAAAUAGUAAAAUAUUAGCAAAAUACAAAAACCUUAUUAAAUUAAAUGAUAUUAAUGAAUAUUUUUUAAAUAAAAAAAAAAAAAAAAAAACUCAAGAAUGGAAUAUAUUUUAUGAUAUAGAAGAUUAUAUAUAUGAAAAAAAAUUACAUAGCGAUAAAAAAUGUAAAAAUAUAAAUAAAAAUCAAAUUGAUGAUGAUAAUACUAAUAAUAAGAAGAGGGAUAUUAACGAAAAUUAUUUAAUGAAUAUAUCCCCUUUAUUUUAUUCUCUCAUGGUAUUUUUUAAUGAAUUAAAUUCUAGAAAAAAGUUAAUGAAAACAAUUAACAUUAUUGAUGAUAAUAAAUGUUAUAAAAAAAAUAUAGAUGAAAUUAACAAAAAAGUUUUAUCAUCAGUUUGUCAUGGAGGAGUAUGGGAUGAACUACUAACAUUAUAUGAUCCAAUAUAUAGUUUUAAUUAUGAUUCAUAUAUUAAUAGAACAAAAACAUAUUAUAAGAAUAUAUACUUGAAUGGCAAUUCAGUAAAUAAAAAUGUUCCAAAUUAUAACUUAAUGAAAAAUAAUAAUGAUAAUAAUUUUUUGAAUAUAAAAAUGGAGAAAAGUAAUAAUGAUUAUUUUAACAAAAGAAAAUUUAGAGAAAAUUAUGACCAUCAAAAUGAUAAUAUAUAUUCAGAAAUUAAAAGCUCUAAACAAAGUAGUGAAGAUAACAAUUUAAGUAGUUUUAAUAAAAUGAAAAAUGUAAAUGACUGUGAGAUAAUUCAUACUUCUAAUAAAAGCUAUAUAAGUGAUAACAAUGGUUAUAGUGAAAGUGAAAAUUAUAGUUAUCAGAAUAAAAUAAAAGAAAAAAAAAUAGAAAAAAUAAAAAUUAUGAAUGAAAAAGAAAUUCAUAAAAGCGAGUUGAAUAAUAGUGAUACAGAUAAAAACAUAGUGAAAGAUAAUGAAUCGUAUCAAAAUAACAUAAACAAUGGCAUAUCCAAUAUAAAUAUAAAAAAUUAUAGUGAUUCAAAUAACGAUUAUUUCAAUGAUGAUAAAACAAAAAAAAAUAAUUUAAAUGAAAAUGAACAUUUCGAAAAUAAUUUCAAUCUUCACAUAUCAAGAAACAAUGCCUUAUAUUAUCAGUCUUAUAAUCCUAUUCUUUCAAACAAUUUAAAAUAUUCAUUCGAUAUGAACGCAUAUAUUUAUAAUAAGAAUAAUAUAUUUCCUUAUUAUGCCAACGUAAAUAAUUUUAAUUUACAUAAAUAUUAUCCCAAUGAACAUUUUUUAAAUAUUAAUUAUAUGAAUAUAAAAAAUUCUCCAAAUUUUAACUUUCAUUGUUUUAUGAAUUAUUUAAAUUCUAAUUAUGAAUUAUUAAAGUAUCAUAACAAUAUUGUGAAUUUCAAUAAUAAUAAAGAAAAUAAUUUAGGAAAAGAAAAUGAAGAAGUAUUGCAAAGAAAGGAUGAUAAUCCUAACAAAAAAAAAGAACAAGUUGUAAAUAAAAAUACUACCAUUACUACCAUUAAUGCUAUUAAUAAUAAUAAUUAUGAAAUACAAAAUAAAAUUUAUCAUGAUUUUUUUUUAAGAAAUCUUUAUUUAAAUGCAUAUUUGAUGCAUAAUAGUGUAUAUGGAAGAAAUCCACCUAAAUUAAAUAGAAUAGAUAAAAAUAUAUAUCAAUCAAUUUUUUUUAGUAAUCCAAAUAUUAGUUUUAAUAAUCAGAAUAAUUAUGCUUCAGAUGAAAUUCGUGUAAAGUAUAACAAUUCAAAUAACCUAAUGAAUAUAAAAAAUACACAUAAUUUUAAAAGUUUUAACAAUUGUGAAAGGAAAUAUGAGCAUAAUAUAGAUUUAGCUAGUAAGGUAAGUAGUGCAACCUGGUUAAUAUAUUUAUAUGAAUUAAAAAGAGCAAGUUUUUUUAUUAAUUAUUAUUUUUAUCAUUUAAAUAUGUUUAUUAAAUUUAAAAAUUAUUUUAUAAACUAUGAGGAAAAUUAUAAAUUAUUCGAACACAAGCAACGGCUCAUAUUAAAUUAUGAUAAAAAAAAAGAGAGUAAAAAACUAAAACAAAAUUAUGAAAAAAGGGAAUUUCUGAAUAAUAACACUAUAUAUAAUAAAAUUUGUAUGACCAAUAAUAAUAAUAAUAAUACUUUUGAAUAUUUAAAAAGCUCUCAUGAACUUUUCGGAAAGGAUUAUGAUCAGAUAAAUCAACGAGAAAUAAAAAAUGUAGGAUCAUAUGAAAGGGAAAAAUCAAAUAUUUUUUUAAAAAAUAUGGAAAAAAUUUUAAAAUGUACAAUACAAAACUUAAAUUAUUGUAUCAAUGCAUUAUUUGAAAAAAUAAAAGGAGAGAUAUAUACAUUACCUUUUCAUAUAGACGAAAUUAAUAAUAAAAAUAAUUAUGAUAAUAAUAUAAAUAAUAACCUAAAAUGUAAUUCUAGCGAAAUUAGUAAUUUAAAUAGUAGUAGUAAUGAAAUGAGUAAUAGUAACCUUAAUUUAAAUUAUGAUAAUUGUACUAACAUAGAUAAUAAUAUGAAUAGUUACGGUUUAGUUUUAAUUGAAGGAAAACUUGUUUUUGUAAAAUUUUUAAAUAUCUGUGUUGAUAAAGAAAAGUUCUGGCAUGAAAGAUUUUUGUGUAGAAGAGAUAUUAGAACAGUUAUACAUGCUAAAGCACUUGAUGUUCUUUUUAUUUCUAAUAAAAAAAUUAAAAUUAAGAAUAAAAAGACAAAUGCUUGCUGCAUUUUAGAAAAUGUAAAGGAAAAUAUAAGUGAAAAAUCUUCUCUUAAUAAAAAUAUAGAAAUAAAUUUAAAUAAAGAUGAUAAUAUAAAUAUAAAAUCUUCUCAGGAUUUUUUAUCUAAUAGUACUUCUAAUAUUGAUUGUUUCUUAUCAGAGGAAAGUACAUUAGAUGAAAAAAAAGCAGAAUCGAAACGUCUUAAAUUAUCAAAUACAAAUAUGUUUGCUAAUGAAAAAACAAAAAAAAAAUUAAAUUUGAAUGAAGAUAAAGAAACAAACAAUUUAAAAUCGUUUGAAGAAAAAAGCAACUGUUUAGUUGACAAUUUAAAAAAUAACAUAAAAAUAUGGAAUUUUAAAAAGGCAAAACAAAAAGAAAAAUAUAGCAAUUUUAUAUAUAAUUCAAAAAAUAAUUAUAUAGGAAUUUUAUUAGAACAAAAUAAGGAUAAAAAAUUUUUUUUUAAAAAUUGCUUGAAUAGUUCUUUUGAAGAAGUAGGAACAACUAAUAAAAAUUCAAAAAAAAAAGAUGAAGAAAAUGUUUUUUUGAUUAAUCCUUGUAACUUUGUUACUAGAGUCAAUGUAAAAACGGUUUAUGUAUCAAGUAGAAAUCUUCAAAACAAUUUAAGAAAUACAAUAUUUGAAAAAGAAAUUGUAACAAGAAACAGUAUGGAAGAAUUAAAAAUAAAUAAAAGUGAUGCUUUGAAAAAAGAAACACAUAUUAAACAUUUUAAAAAAAAGAUAAAAGAAAAGGAUGAUCGAGAUAAGGAUAAUGAAGAUAAAAAAGAAGAUAAUGAUUUUUAUUGUAUAAGAAUAAUAACUAGAGAUGAAAUAAUGAGGUAUAAAGAAUUAAUAAAAAUUAUGAAAACUUGCCCAUAUUAUUAUAAAAAUGCCAGAAAAAUUUCAAAUUUCACCCAUACUCCUUUGCAACAGCCAGUAAGUGUAUGUUAUUUUUGUAAAAAGAGGGGAAUAUUCAAUGUUAAAACGAAUUACUUUAAUUUGUCUUCACUUCAUUCAGACGUAAGGAACGAGAUCAAUACAUUUCUUUAUAAUUUAUUUUAUGAAAAUAAAAAAAGAAACAAUUAUAAUAACUUUUUAUAUAAAGAUGAAUUAUAUAAUGAAGAAAAAUCCAUAAAUAUUAAACAUAAUUCAUUAAAAACUUUAAAAGAUUCAUUAAAUGAAGAAAAGUGUAAUAUCAAGAAACAUAAAAAAGGAGAUGAGUUAUAUAAUAUAGAAAAACAAAUUAAUAAUGAUAAUUUUGUAAAAGAAAAUGUAAAAUGCAUUUAUAAUGAAAAGCUAAUAGAAGAUAAAGUAAGUAAAAAUGGAGAAAAAGAAGAAAGUAAAAUACAAGCAUCUUUUGAUUUAAAUAAUAGAAAAGUAGAAGAAGUAGAUAAUGAUAAAAUAAAUUACAAAUUGAUAUUAAAUAGUAAUGAAGCUACAUUUAAAAAUGAGUCAAAAACGAAUAAUUAUGAAAUUAAAAAUAGUAUUAUAAAUGAAAAAGGUAUCAUAUUAGGUAGACAAAAUGAAAUUGAUAAAAAAAAAAGUCACAAGCAGAAUUUUGUUAAUGAAGAAAGUGAAAUAACAAGAAACAGUUUCAAGGUUAAUUACAAUAAAGAUUAUCCAAAAAAUGAGAGCAGGGAAGAAAUUAUAAAUAGAGGAGAUAAGAAUAUUAAAAAUAGUAUAUAUGUAAGUAACAAUAAAAAAAAGAAUUGGAAUUUAAAAGAUAACAAGAAAAUUAAGAAAAAUUCCUUUUAUGAUGAAAAUUUUAAACACUUUAUUGAAUGCUCACAAACAAUUGGUAAAAAGAAGAAUUGUACAAAUAAUUUUAAUAAUAAUAGAAAUAAAAAUAAUUUUUCUGAAUACAGUUUUCUAAAAAAAAAAAAAAUUUUUGAUGAAUUUAAUGAUACUAAUCGAGAAGAAAUAAGAAAUUGGGAUUUUCAUAACACAAUUAUGAUAAAUAGUGAUACGAAUAAAUACUUAGUUAAAGAGAAUGGAGAACAUAAUUUUUUUCAUUUGAAUAAAAAUGAUUUAAAUGGUACAAACUUAUUUAAAAAUUUAGAUAAUAUAAAUAGAAAAAAUUAUAAUUCUUUAGAAAUAGAAAAUAAUAGUUCUUUUGAUAAAUUAAAAGAAACAAUGCAUGUAACAGAUACGCAAAAAUAUGCAAUAGAAACAUUAAUAAAAUUUAAAGAUUUAAAAAAAAAAAAAAAAAAAAAAAAUUAA